CGAAAUCGACCUUAAUUGAACUGUCUUUGGAGCUGAAGUUGUGCCUGAGGUGUCUUCUGUUUCACUUGUGUUCUGUGCGUGUGGGUGUGACUGCAGCCAAAGUUUGAGGUUUGGUGCUCCAUACUGUGUAGUCAGAGGGUGGCGAAGGUGUUCAUUGCUGGGGAUGUGAUGUAAGCAUGCGGCAGCCUUGUGAGAACUGGGGAAAACGACCUGAUUACUCAGAAAUAAAAUAUUCUUUAACAUUUAUGGUGUAUCUGACAGAGCCCUGUAAAGGCUGGUCUUUAGCUUGGUCUCCCCAGGUGUGCAGUGACCUCCUGGGAGGAGGGGUGCACUGCUCUGUGGCAGAAAAUGCUAAGGUAACUCACUGCAUUAGUUCUUACACUUGAUCCUUUAAUUUUCCAGGGGUUGAAAAAUGAAACGGGAGUUUUAAACUUUGAGGACUCAGAAUGGAAGUCUCAGAAGGACAUAACUUCAUCUCACUGGAAGAGGAAACCAGAUACUGGAAAGAGUUGGCUAUGAAAUACAAGCAGUGUGCUGAGAAUACACAGGAGGAAUUGCGUGAAUUCCAAGAAGGGAGUCGAGAGUAUGAAGCUGAACUGGAGACCCAGCUGCAGCAAACAGAGUCCAGAAAUAGAGACCUUCUGUCAGAAAACAAUCGUCUGCGAAUGGAACUGGAGUCAGUUAAGGAAAAGAUUGAAAUUCAGCAUUCAGAAGGAUACAGGCAAAUCUCUGCACUGCAAGAUGACUUGGCACAGACAAAAGCUAUUAAAGAUCAACUUCAGAAAUAUAUUCGAGAACUUGAGCAAGCAAAUGAUGACUUGGAAAGAGCAAAAAGAGCCACUAUAAUGUCUCUAGAGGAUUUUGAACAGCGUUUAAACCAGGCUAUUGAAAGAAAUGCUUUUCUGGAGAGUGAGCUGGAUGAGAAGGAAAACCUCCUGGAGUCCGUGCAGCGCCUGAAAGAUGAAGCUAGAGAUCUACGUCAAGAGCUUGCAGUGCAGCAGAAACAGGAGAAACCCAAAACACCGAUGCAAACUAGCCUGGAAACAGAAAGAACAGACACUGCAGUUCAAGCAUCCUUAUCUGUGCCUUCAACUCCUUCAGUGCACCGGGCACCCAGCAUCAACAUACCCACCCCUAUGACAUUUAGGAGAGGUCUCGAGGACAGUUUUGGUGCAACCCCUCUCACACCUGCUGCAAGAAUAUCUGCACUUAACAUCGUGGGGGACUUGCUACGAAAAGUGGGGGCUUUGGAGUCCAAACUUGCGUCUUGCCGAAACUUUGUGUAUGACCAGUCUCCAAGCAGAACCACAGUGUCCAUGUACAUGAACAGAGAUGUCCUUGAAACACGCUUGAGUCCUCAUCAGCCUCUGUGUGAUACAGGGUUAGUGAAACGCCUGGAGUUUGGAACACGGCCUCCGAAUAUGCCAGGAACAAUGAGCCAUCCUUCACCAAGUGUUGUCAAGAUGCUGCUGUGAAAAGGCUGUCUGACUGUGGAAAA